AACCAGUGACCACACAUACCGGAAGAAGACACAGAAAAAGUAGCUCACACGUGUGUCUAACAUGUCUGCGCACCGUGUUGUUAUGUGUUGAGAUGCCAUGAGCUGUUUCGACUAGUGUUUGACGCCGUUUUAUUUUAUAAACCGUACAGUAAAGUCACCGACGGCAGUCUUAGAGAGCGUUGCAGCUUGAGGAUGGCGCAGCGAAAGAAUAGACCGAUGAUGAAGAGGAGAUAUAAAGGCAACAGACACCAGGAGGCUGACUCCGACUUUGAGCUGGCUGCAGAAGUUAAAGACGAUGAUUCUCCAUCAAGGAAACUCAUGCGGUUCCCGACCACAUCAGACUGCCUGUCAGAUGUGGAGCCAGACACCAGACAGCUGGUCAGAGCUCAGAACAAGAAGAAAAAGAAGUCUGGAGGCUUUCAGUCCAUGGGUCUCAGUUACCCCGUAUAUAAAGGUGUCAUGAGGAAGGGUUACAAAGUCCCUACUCCGAUCCAAAGAAAGACUGUCCCAGUGAUUUUGGAUGGCAAGGAUAUAGUAGCCAUGGCUAGGACUGGCAGCGGUAAGACGGCUGCCUUCCUGGUGCCCAUGUUUGAGAAGUUAAAAGCCCCUUCAACCACAGGAGCCAGAGCCCUCAUCCUGACCCCCACCAGAGAGUUGGCCCUGCAGACCAUGAAGUUCACAAAAGAGUUGGGGAAAUUCACCGGCCUCAAGACGGCCUUGAUCCUUGGUGGAGACAGAAUGGAUGAUCAGUUUGCCGCUCUUCAUGAAAACCCCGACAUAAUCAUCGGUACCCCGGGUCGCCUCAUGCACGUUAUCAUGGAGAUGAACCUGAAGCUGCAGGGUGUCGAGUACGUGGUGUUUGAUGAGGCUGACAGGUUGUUUGAAAUGGGUUUUGCUGAUCAGCUUCAGGAGAUCAUCCGGAGGCUUCCAGACAACAGACAGACUCUGCUGUUCUCUGCCACACUGCCCAAACUGCUGGUGGAGUUUGCCAGAGCUGGGCUGACUGAACCAGUUCUGAUUCGUUUGGAUGUGGAUUCUAAACUCAGUGACCAGAUUAAGUUGUCAUUUUUCCAUCUGCGUAUGGAUGACAAGCAGGCACUGCUGCUCCACCUGCUGAGGAACGUAGUGAAGCCUCAGGAGCAGACGGUGGUCUUUGUAGCCACCAAACACCAUGUGGAGUACGUCAAAGAGCUGCUGACUUUAGAAGGUGUGGAGUGCGCCUACAUCUACAGCGCCCUCGAUCAGACUGCCAGAAAGAUCAACAUAGGGAAGUUUGUGCACCGGAAAGCCAUGGUGCUAAUUGUGACUGAUGUUGCUGCUCGUGGUAUAGACAUUCCCAUGCUGGACAAUGUCAUCAACUACAACUUCCCCUCCAAGCCCAAGCUCUUCUUGCACAGAGUUGGCCGUGUGGGACGUGCUGGACGCAGUGGCAUAGCCUACAGCAUGAUUUGUCCAGAUGAGAUGCCUUUUGUCUACGACCUUCACCUCUUCCUCGGAAGGCCUGUUCAGUUUGCCACACCUCAACACGCACCAGGUGUAGAGGGUGUGUUCGGCAGGGUCCCUCAGAGUAUCCUGGACGACGAAAGUGCUCAUCUGUUCACUGCUCACGAAAACUCCCAGGACCUGGAAAACCUGCACCAUGUCUCGGAGAACGCCUACAAGCAGUAUCUUAAGUCUCGACCAAGCCCCUCACCUGAGUCCUUCAGACGGGUCAAAAACACAGAUCUGUCUAUCAUGGCUGUCCAUCCAUUACUAGGGUUAGGUUUAGAGAAAAUGGAACUGGAGCGCCUUCAAAUAGUUGAUGCCAUCAAAGUCUACAAAUCCAAAGCGACUAUCUUCGAAAUCAACUCUAACAGUAAGACACAGGCUGGCGGGGUGAUGCGAGCCAAACGCUCCAAGGACAAACGUCUGGUGGACAAAUUCAGCAAACAGAGAGACAACCUGGCUGCAGAAAGCCGGCUGCAUCAACCCGUCAACCCCACAACCACCACUGCAGACGAGGAUAUCACACACGCCUCAGACGAAGAAGAGGACGAUAUAAAGGGGGUGUUCUCUGUUGUCGUAGGUGGAAAAAAGAGAAGCCUGCAAGAAGCCAUUCAAGAUGGGGAAGAACCGCAAAGGGACAAAAGAAGCAGACAGACGGGCAAAGACGAGGAGUUUUACAUCCCCUACAGACCCAAAGACUUUAACUCUGAGAGAGGGUUAAGUCUCGGCGGAGAAGGCAGUGCCUUUGAUCAGCAGGCCUCCUCAGCUGUCCUGGACCUCAUGGGAGAUGAUGCAGCCAAGUUAAACCAGAGCAAGACCAUAAUGAAAUGGGACCGUAAGAAGAAGCGCUUCGUGAGAGAUGCGGGAAGGGAGGACCAUAAGAAGAAGAUCAGAACAGAUGGUGGACAGGUCAUCGAAAACAAGAAGAACAGGAAGAACUUCUACGAGGAGUGGAAGAAAAAGUACAAGGUUGAUGACGGAGGAUGUGGAUCCGAUGACGAAGGAGGAGGAGCACGAGGCAGGAGGCCAGGAGGAAGAGGAGGAAGAGGAGGAGGGGGAGGAGGAGGAGGAAGAGGGGGAAGAGGAGGAAGAGGAGGAAGAGGGGGAAGUCUCCCAGGUCGUGGUCGUGGUCGUGGUCGGGGCCGUGGCCGCGGGCGUGGCAGUAGCAGUAAUCCUAACUACCAGAGCCCUGGAGGGCUGCAGCAGUCACCCGGUGGCCACAGAGUGCGCUCAGAGCUGAAGACGACCGAUCAGAUCCUGAAGCAGCGCAAGAAAGACCAGAAGCACCAGUUCUUGCAGGGUGGCGGCAUGAGAAAUCUCCGUACCAAGAACAAACCGUGGCUCGGAGAAGUUAAGAAGUCAGGUUUUGGACGCGGUGGUCCAAAGAAGGGUAAAAUGAAGAAGAGACUGUAAGGAGGACACAGAGGGAGGACUAUCUCGGCCGGAUGAUUGCGUGCGAUAGAGAUGGAGGGCACCACAAGGGACUGGAUGAUGAAGACCAUUAUAUUCCCAGACCAUCUUAUACAAUUUCACGGUGUCUUUCAUGAUUAUGGAUUAAAGGAGAGGAUGAGUUGAGGAAAGCAUUUCUAGACUGUAGAGAUGAACUACUGAACUCUAAAUUUGACACAGUAUGUGCAAGAAUAAUCCAAUGAAUAUUUCCCCGUUAUGCGUGCUGGCAGAUUAUUGCUUUUGAGUACUGAGAUAUUUCUAUACACAUUAUUAACUGACGGCAAAAUACAAAUGUGAAUAAGACCGUGUUCUGUGUCUUCUUCAUUUGCAGUUUGUUGCAGUUACAACAAACUAAAGUGUGUCUUUUAAUGUAACUUUCCAAAAUAUAUACAUUUUCAUUCUUGAA